AGAGCUGGAAUCAGCACCUCGUUUUCCCCUCAAGCACAGCCCGUGAGCAGCCAGCUGAUGGUGAGAGUGAGAAUCACUGAGGCAAAGUUACCGUGAGGGGAUGGAACAAGGCACUAGGACCUAGGAGGCGUCUCAUCCACCCUGGCAGGAAUUUCUUGCUUGGAGCUCAGACAACAAAGGCAGAGUGAGCCUGGUUUUCUUUCUCUGAGCAUCUCCACCCUGCACGCUGAAAACCGCUUCAGAUCUUUAGGGCUCACCAAACUAUGGAACUUGAUUUUGGACACUUUGACGAACGAGACAAGGCGUCCAGAAACAUGCGAGGCACACGGAUGAACGGCUUGCCCAGCCCCACUCACAGCGCUCACUGUAGCUUCUACAGAACCCGGACCUUACAGGCGCUCAGUAACGAGAAGAAAGCCAAGAAGGUUCGUUUCUAUCGCAACGGGGACCGCUACUUCAAGGGGAUUGUAUACGCCGUGUCCUCCGACCGCUUCCGAAGUUUUGAUGCCCUCCUGGCGGACCUGACCCGCUCCCUGUCCGACAACAUCAACCUGCCCCAGGGCGUGCGCUACAUUUACACCAUCGAUGGCUCCAGGAAGAUCGGCAGCAUGGACGAGCUGGAGGAAGGCGAGAGUUACGUCUGCUCGUCCGACAACUUCUUCAAGAAGGUGGAGUACACCAAGAACGUCAACCCCAACUGGUCUGUCAACGUGAAGACCUCUGCCAACCAGAAAGCACCUCAGUCCCUGGCCAGCAGCAACAGUGCCCAGGCCAAGGAGAACAAGGAUUUCGUGCGCCCCAAGCUGGUGACCAUCAUCCGCAGCGGGGUCAAGCCGCGCAAGGCCGUGCGUGUGCUCCUCAACAAGAAGACUGCCCACUCCUUCGAGCAGGUCCUCACUGACAUCACUGAAGCUAUCAAGCUGGAGACAGGGGUGGUCAAAAAGCUCUACACCUUGGAUGGGAAGCAGGUGACCUGUCUGCACGAUUUCUUUGGGGAUGAUGAUGUGUUCAUCGCCUGUGGCCCCGAGAAGUUCCGCUAUGCACAGGACGACUUUUCUCUGGAUGAGAGUGAGUGCCGGGUGAUGAAGGGGAGCCCAGCAGGUGCCACGGGCAGCAAAUCCUCGCCCACCCCUCAGAAGAGCUCGGCCAAGAGCCCCGCGCCCAUGCGCCGCAGCAAGUCCCCGGCCGAUUCAGGUAACCACCAAGAUGCCAACGGGACCUCCAGCAGCCAGCUGUCCACCCCCAAGUCCAAGCAGUCGCCGAUCUCCACACCCACCAGCCCCGGGAGCCUCCGCAAGCACAAGGACUUGUACCUGCCUCUGUCUUUGGAUGACUCGGAUUCCCUGGGAGACUCCAUGUAGAGCGAGAUGUCCACGUUGCAUUUGGGAUACAGCAAAGUUCCUCUGCCACACAAGCAGAUCGGUGACUGGUGCUUUCAAGUCAAAGGACACGCAGUUAAAUGUAAUUUUUGUUCUGUGAUUUCUCCUCUCUGUGCCACAAACCAACACCUGCCAGUCUAUAGAGAUAGAGGGAUACCAUUCUUCUUAAGUCACAGGGGUGCAAAAUGGGCAUUGUGAGAAAUUUGGGGCCUCUGUGCCAAGGAUUCUGUGCAUUUCCCAUUUUCUUCUGUUGUUUCCUCUGCUGCUGCAACCAUGUGGUUUUCCUGGUGUUAGUAAAGUCGUUCCCCUGGAGGUGUGCAAAUGGAGCCCUUGCUGGGCAGUUUGCAGGUGAUGUUCCCCACCUGUGCAAACUGCCAGCUCACCUGCUCCUCAUUCACAGCCCCAGUUUUGGCAACUGCAUUCUAAAGAGUCUUGGUUUUAUUGUGGAGAGCAGGAAGGGAAUUUCUAGUUGGAUGCUUAAUAUGCCAGCAGAAGCUUGGAUGAGAUUAGGAACGAUUGUGUCACAUGCUAAGUAAGGUUAGUACAAUAAUUCAAAUUAUCCAAAUAUUGUUUGGGAUUUUUUUUAAAUAAUUAAGCAAAAACCCCCAUAAAUCAGCUGAGUUAUCUGGUGUAGAACAUCUUCCACAUGCAAUGCUGCCAGCUGGUAACAAAUAUUUAUACCUCCCCUAUGGUAUCUCUCUAUCUCUGUUUGUAACAGUAAUGCCUUGUGAACAGCCAACACUGAAAACACUGUGAGAAUUUGUUUUCAGGUUUGACACCCUAUAGGUCACUUUUUAUAGCAAAAAAAAUCAAUACACUUUUUAUAAAGGAAAACCUUUUAUCUGUGUUUUGGGAGUAAGGAUUCAAGCUCCUUCUUUUUUAUAAAAGCUGGUAAUUUUCUUUUGUUUAAAAAACACGUUCAGAAAAAAAAAAUGUACAAAAAAAACCAACCACAACUGCAGAACAAUAAUAACAGCAACUCAGUUUAGAAAUCCUGUCAUCACUGCCAAAACAGACACGUGUGGGGGGGGGGGGAAAUGGUCAGUUCAAAAUAUUGAAUGUUUUGAUAGUUUUUGUAAUGUUUAAGACUAUGUAUUUGGUUUUUUACACUUCAGUAUUCCUAACUAUGGCCAGAUUCUCUACUUAUAUAACAAAGGAAGUUUUGUGGUGUUCUAAAACCUGUAUUUUAAGAAACUCUUCUAUCUGAGAAAAAACAAACUCGCUGUAUUUAGAGAAGCUUUUGCUUUUUAUUAAUCAGUAAUGCCUCCUCCAGAAUGCAAAGUUCAUCUCCUCACGCAGGGCUGGUGGUUUUUACUGCGCCAAAGCUUUGUCCUAGGCCAGCUGCCACUGCCUCCCUCCCUCAUGGAACAAGCUUUGAUGAAACUGAUUCUUGCAGAACUUUACCUAAUUGAAAUCUGUGCAAUCAAGCCUUUCUUUGUUGCUCUAUUUGCUUUUUUCUAUUUUUUUUCCCCAACAUAGACACCUACUCCCUGUUGCCUUGCAGCCCCUUGUGGUUAGGAUGGAUUUCAUCCUCGUGAUGUUUGAUGCUCCAUGAAUGCCGGGUUGUUCCCAAAGCCACUCCACGUUUUGUUUGCUUGCAUUGCUGGGAUGAAACAAUCUGUGCAGGGUGCAUCUUUCGAGGCUCGUGUGAUCAUACUUACAAUGCAACUUUUUAAAAUAGAUUUAUCAGAGAGAGGCCAGGAUUGGGAAUUGUCAAGGGGUCAGAGUUAUCAUGCACCAAAUUUGCACCCAGUAGUCUUAGUGCAUGAUCAUUUACAGCCAGAGUUUUGCACAAGGAGCCAUUUGUUCUCACUAAUAGCUUCAUUUGAUUGAAUAACUCUCUGACUGCACAACUGCUAAAUGGUCAUUUUAAAUAUUGUAAAUAGAAUCUGGGGUUAGUUCACAGGCUAAGGGCUCGUUGAGGGUUUGUGGGGGGGAAGGAUGGUGCUGUGGACGAAGCUUGGGUGCAGCAGUCAGCACACCUCUAAGCCCUUGGCACUGCUGAAUUUUGUGUCUGAAUGGGAGCAGGUCUCUGAGUAACCCUGUGCCUCAAUCUGUCUGUCUGUCCCUGCAGGGACAGCUCUGUUCUACCUCACUGGGGGUUGUGAGGCCAAAUGUUGGUUAACAUUUGUCAAGUGCUUUCAGAUCCUCUAACAGAAGGUGCUGAAAUAUUCUGGGUGCAGAUUUGGUUAUGGGUGCUAAUUUUUGGCUGUUUAAUCCUGUGAGUGCUACUGCAGAAGCUGGUCAUGAGCAAAAAGGAUUUUUUUCAGCAUAAGGAUGUCAAAGGCCUUUGUUAUGCUAAUAACAAUAUUAUUCAUCAGAGCUUUUGUCUUAAGGAAAGCUUUAGCGGGACAGAUAAUUUGACAUGCUUUUACCCUCUCCUCUGUUGUGCUGGUGGAAAUCUCAGAGUCCCUCGCUGAGUCUCUGCCUGUGCAGGGACCCUGAGCAGUCACCAUGGAUGGACUGGAGCUGCAGCCCAGGGUGUUGUCACACUGUGACAGAGGCCACUCCUGUCACAGCCAGGGAGAGCCUGUCCUGCCACCUUUCCUCAGACAGGAGACCAGCCAUGCAGUCCCACCCAGGUUCUCGUGCUGCUCAGUGCAGGAUGCUCACCACAGAUCCAGCAGGACACCCAAAUCUGGGCUGCUCUCUGCAGCCUGAGCUGCUGGUGGGAGGAAAGGAAUCUGGGAGAUGCUCUCACCCAGUUUGUGUAAGAGAAAGCAGGAUCCCAAGGGAGGAGUGAUGCUUUGUUUGGAUGGUUGUUGAGCAGGGGUUCCUUUCCUUCCUGCCAAAAGCUCUGUUUGGUUAUUUGGAGAUGCUUUUCCUGGUGCAGCAUCACUGAGGAAUCACUGAGCUCUUCCUCCUGAGCUGCACCUGGUGACACAUCCCAGACCUGAUCUCCCUUGGGAAUGCAGCUUUGUUUGCAUCAGGAUCAUCCUGUGGUGGGGCUGAGCCCAGCAAUUCCUUCAGGGAAUUAGGGGGACCUUGAAAAGGCCUAAAAGGAUUAAAUUUAAUUGUUCAGUGGGAAAAAUAGCCAUUCAAACCAGCAGAAGCCACAAAGAAAACAGGGUAUGAGGUCAGACUCCCAAGUUUUAAGAAGCAAUUUUCUAGGUAGAAAUGCCUGGGCAGUAGAAGUCAGUGAGCAUUUCAGCUGUAGCAUAGAGUGAAGUCUGUAUUAAUGCCAAUAUUGCAUGAGUUCUUGUACAGAAAUGCAUGUGGAAUGUGACACACAUUCAGAACUAGUUAUCUUUGGCUUUGUAGGAUCCCUCAUCUAGAUUUGAAUACAAAGAGAAACAGUGCACAGGCAUCAGACCUUAGUCACUGAACCAGAAGGACAGCUGUGAUUCAGGAAAAAAACCUAAAAGCUUAAAUUUUAGCACGUGCUUUACUCCUGUUGACUUUUCACGAGAUUAAGCUUGGAUUUGGUCAGAAAGCUUUCCUGAACUGCUGUGAAUUAGUAAUUACUUCCAAUUUACUAUGGCAAUUCCAGACCCUGUGAGAUCCUGGAGCAAUGAUAGUAAUUCCACUAUAUACUACACAGUUCACCUUUCAUAUUUUUAUUUUUUUUUUUACACUUACAAGCACAUAAAGCUCCACAUGAUAUGAGGAUUUGCCAUAUUAAUUCUGCUAUAAAAACCCUGUCUAAUUUGCCUCAUGAGGCUGCCUUUAGUGCUUUCAGAGCCUAAUUGAAUCACUGAGACUAUAUUGUUUUAAAACAAUACAGUAUUUAAAAACAAAUUGGAGAAACUCUUGAAGUAGCAGGGCUUUGUUUCUUUGAAAUCUGUCUUUAUUCAGAAUAAUUUAGCAAAUUUGCAUAUUAAGAUCCCUGUUUCAGGCACAGUUAUUAGGAAGGAAUUGUACAGACAGAAAGGUUUAGCAUUUUUACACUCAGGUGAUGGUCUUGACUGUAGAAGAUGAGAACAAUGCAGCAAAACCUUCAGCCUUGGGAUUUUUAUCACUUGAAAAGCAUUUAUAAUCCUGAAGUUUCUGGUUUAAAGCCUCAUCUGGUAUAUGAUUUGGAGCUACUUCAGUUCCACCAGCUAAAUAUCUUGAAGUGAUUUGGAAAGAGUUUGAUAAUGAGAUUUUACUUUGUGGUGGGAGUUGGGAGCAGCUUUUCCCUACCGCUGUCUGUGUUUCCAAUAUCUGCACAUUAUUUAUUGUCUUCUCAGGAGUUAGAAACCCUAAUUGUGUUAUUUCCAUAGAUAAUAGAAGAAUCCUGCUUAGAAAACAGCUUCCACAUCUCUCUCACCCUCAGCUAACACAUGUAUAGGCACAUAAAAAUCCACACACUUGGUCGAGCUGCCAUUUCUCUCUCAUUUGCUUGUUCAGUACUUUUGAAGGGGAAAAAAAGGAGGCAGAACCAAAAAUUGUGGCAAACAGCAAAGCAGUGUCACACCCAGGCAUUUCCAAUGGGAAGCAAGGGCAUUGAAGUGUUGGUUUCUCUUUAACCACAUGGAUAACAUUUCCUAGGAUGCCUUGACUUUGCCUUUUCAUGCCUUUGAGGUCAGUGCUGCUCUUCCUGCUGCUUCCCAGCACAGCCUGUGGGAUGCUCUGGCAUUCCAGGCUGGAUCCCUACCCAGACACUGUUCCAGGGACAGCCAUCCCUGGAAGGGACAUUUUCUCUGCAGGGCUCCAGUGUGGAUUUUGCAGCCUGAGCCCUCUCCAGUGUGCUGAGAGCACUGGAGUGAUUUUAUUGCUGACCUCUGUGGUGCCCCACAGCCAUGCAAAGCAACCAAGGGCUCUCUUCCACUGUAGCAGAGGCAGAAUCAUUUUUAGAGAAAGAGAUAAAAAAUAGCCAAGUAAAGUAGAUAUAAAAUUAGCCUAGAAAGUGUCUCCUCAAGCUAAGACAAUCCAUAACCAGAGGAAAGCUCUGUAGUGGCGUGUUUGCCACACGCCAGGUGCUGAUCAUGGCCAUGAUGGAAUAAAACAGCUUUUUUUUCCAUGUGGUGACUUAGGCUCCAGGUCAGUUUUCUGGUUGCUGAUGGAAGCAGGCUGGGACUGUGUUUGGGACUGGUGAGGUUCUUUGCAGAAGCAAAUGGAUGGCAGGAGAUGAGGAUCUUUUUUUCUGUGUAUCUAAAGAGUCGGGCCAGUCCAUACAACAGGAUGAGUGCUUUACACAAGACGCCUGGAAGGGAUCCAGCUGGAACCCCACCCUGCUGUGAUGAGAGCAGGAAGGUGAAGACUUAAGUGCCUUCUAACACCCCCUGGGCUUCAGAAGCAGCACUGUGCAUGUGCCCAGCAAGGCCUAGGGUUCAAUGGCCUUGACCACAGGAGACAGGGCACACUUCAAUUCUCGAGGUGUUUAGCAUAUCUCUUAAAUAUUGCUGUCUCCAGAACCACAGAAUUCUUCUGGCUGUCCCAUCUGCAUGAAUCUGAGCCUCUCCACAGUAUCUCAGGAAAUGUUACAGCUGAGCCUUGUGUCUCACAGCUGCUCCUCACUGAGGAGAGAACAGGGCUGGGUUCUGCUGCAGUGGUUGUUGAUUCUGCUGUUCAGAUGUUCUUCAUCCUCCUCCUCCUCUGCUCCUGGCUCGAGAGCUGGCUUCUCCUGGUGCCUGCAGGUGAAAGGCUGGGAGCAGCAAUGUACAGACCCCUCUUUGCUUUGUUUUGUUUCCUCUGGAACAGCUCUAGUCAGUGAUGACUGAAGGUUUGAGGCCAAGGUGACAAGCCCACAUUUUAACAGGGAGAGGGGAGAUUUUCAGGGAAUUUAGGUAGGUGGGUGGAAAGGGUUUUUCCUGCAAUGCCAUUGCACAGCUGCUCUGACAGGAUCCCAGCUGCAGGGCAGGUGUGAGUACUACACCUGCAGAGGAAAAUGUGGAGUUUUGGGAUCACAGACCACUGUCCACCCCUCAGGACGCUGCUUAGAGGAGGUUAAACACAUCAACACCUAUUUCUGGCCAACAGAUGAGCUUCUGGGCAAAUGAGAAUCAAACCUAGUGGAUUCAGCAGUGGGGUUUCAGAGCCAUUGGGGUUUCAGAGCUGUUGGGGUGUGGCACUACUCUGGACAGAUCAAUUCUUCUUGUGCCAGUGCACAGAGGGGUGGGCCCAAUACUUCCCUCCAUCUGUAGCUUGCUUUGAGAUAAGCUGAUACAAAGAGCUUGAUUUUAAAAUGUAUUUAUUGCUCAGCAAUUCUGAGCAUGUUACAGAAGCAAACUGGCAAGUCUCUCACAGAACUCUGGCUCCCUCAAAACUCUGCUGUAAAUAAGUAUUUCAGUCAUGGGGAAAGAGAGACACCUCAUUUUUAGUUCCCCAUUGAAACCAUGGGGGAGCCAGCAGCAUCCCUGGGAGGAAGGAGAUACCCUCAUCCAGCAGCCCAUUUCUCUCCUGCCUGAUACAGCCCCCACUGCCCCUCUGUUUGUUAGAUGUACUUGCACAUAUCAGGGCAAUUCGUGCUAGUAGUCAAAAUAUGGGCCUUCUGUUUAUAAACAGUGAAUAAGUCUAAUUAUUUCAGUGGCUUUCUACCAAGAAAACAGUGGACCAGAUGUUGGAAACCUUCUUGUUUAGAAAUUGUUCAUGGUCAGAUGUCUACAUGGGAGAGAGCAGUGUCCCUGCUUAGUGCACCUGAACUCACCUCUUGUGACUCUUGCUCUUUAUCACCUUAGCAGGUAGCAGGUGAAAUCCUGUGAUAUUCUGUUUCCCUCUUGAACUCAGAGCUCUUGAGCCAGUUUGGAGAGUCCCUAGGUCUGACAGUUUAUCACUCAAAGUGAAGAAAAAGGAGGAUGCCCAAAGGGAAUUAACAAAUCUUGGCAGUAAUUAAUGUGUCAGCUGAAAAAGAGAAAGCUGGCAUCAUCAGGGAAAGAUGUCAUGAUGGAAAACACAGGGAAUGAAGGGGAAAGCCUGUUCUUAGAGGAAUGGUGGGAGAUGUUUGUUAGGAGGUAGGUGCUGAGUCAUGAAAUGAGCUGGAGCUUCAGAGAAACUCCAAUGGCAGAGAGAGCACUGGGACAUGUCAGUGCCACUGACUGAUGUAUGGGAAUAAUGAGAGACAAAAGGCAAGAAAUUCCAGGGACAAACAAAGAAGGAGGCUGGGGCUCACUGAGGAUCAGCUUGGUGUGGACAGAAGAGCAGCAGCAGCUCCUGGCUAUUGUUGAGAGUGAUGUCCCUGCAGGUACCUGGGCCAGGGGGUGGUGUCUGUCCACAGCAGUGUCUGUCCCUCUCCCCUUGGCAGAAAUAAAGCCAAACCUUUUUCCUAAAUUCAGUUGAGUUACUUGUGAAUUUAAUCCUAAACCACAAAAUAACUGACUCAUGCAAACACUUUUUUGCUGUACAGUCUCAAAGUAUUCGUUUUGUGGCAUAAAGAUUGCAUCUCUUUUAUUUCCAUAAAUUCUCAGACACUCAAUACAAUGCAAACGGAACCCAAUACACCUAAUUUUCUGCUGCUUUAACCAGGCAGAAGCUCCUCUGUAAUUAAUUUAUGAAUCUAUCUGGUCCAAGGUUGGUCUCCUGUUUCAAAGAUUGAUUGCAGUUGAUAAUUCUUGUGUGAUAGAUUACUUGAGUGCAGAUUCAGUUUCCUGGGUGACAGCUGCAGCCUUUGCAGAGAAAAGCUCACUGACCCCAGUUAUCAAGUGAUCUCUUGUAUGGACCUUGAAUAGCAAGUUGUAGAUGGGAGAUAUUUUGUAUAGUUUAAUUAUAGUUACUGAUAAAGCUGAAAUAGUUUGCUGAAAUACAUUACAAGUUUUAGAAUUGAAAAUUAAAUAAGGAACCUCGUAAAAUCAGGGCCUACUCCAUAUCUUUUGCUUCUAAAGAGUGUUGACUUUAUCUCACUUCACUCUCACUCAGUCUACCAACAGACAUGCCCUGAACCCAGCAGGUUUAUGGGACUAGAAGUAGUAUUUCUAUUUUUACCAGUAUUUUUCUACUCUAGUCCCAGCUAGUACCAGGCAGAAUAGAGAUUUGUGGUUGGCUUGGUUUUUAGAGAAAAGCAUUGCCAAAUGCCUCUGAAAUAAAAAGGAAGGUUGGGUUCAUUUUAGGUGACUCAUCUACACUCCAGGCUGCUUUUGAGUUUUAUCCAAGCUGGUUCUUCCAUCUCUCUUUGCAGGAGUUAUAGAUAGGAAAUGGAGCUAAAUUGGAGUCACGCUUGCACAGGGGGGUUGUUGCAGAGCACUGGGACUCACCUGGACAUGCAGGCAGGAUGGAACACAUGGUGGCACCUGGUCAGAGACAGCCAGAACCAAACCUGAGCUCUGGGAAACCCAUGCACAGGGUGAGACUUGGGAAAUACCUGAAAGGGACCAAAGGAUCCCAACCUUGGGUCCAGGCCCAGUUCUUAACAUGACAGAUUUUAUUUUCAGAGAAUACCUGAGAAACAUUUUGUGGGGUUUGUUUUUGUUGUUGUUUGGGUUUUUGGGGUUAUGUUGAUGGAAUAUUUUGUCAGUUUUUUUAAAUUACAGCCUGGCUGCUUUUCUCUAUCUGCUUCCAACCACUGCAGAGCAUGUAUGGAUGGACUUGUAAUUCACUUUCCUUAGCAGGUGGCAGGUGAAAUCCUGUGAUAUUCUGUUUCCCUCUCAUGCUGACCAUACAGUCACAGGGGGGUUGCAAAACACACAACUUUUUUUUCCCUUUCUCUCCCUCUGUUUAAGACAGAGGAGCUUUUUCCAGAUUUAGUGUGAUGUCUAAUGAUGCAUCUGCCUAAAAAGAAGAAUGUCUAGGGAAUUAAUUGCACUUAAUUGGUGUUUUUAGAUAUGGUGAAGCAGGAGUAUUGAAUGUAAGAACAAGGGAGCCUGUGAGUUAUAAUUACAUGCUGAAUUCUGACAUGUGAAAUUGUUGUUAGUUUGCUUCUUAUUUAAAUGAUGGGUGAUCCAAGCAGCUUGAGCACCGUGGCAGUCCUAGCACAGCUGUGAUUAGCAAUUAGAAGACACCCAGGGUCUUUUGGAAAGAGGAAACCUGUCUAGCCAAAACUCUUCUGUUCUCUGAAAUGACACAUUCCCCUCCAUAAUCCUCUGGAUUUUGUGACACAGAAGUGUCACAAAGCUAGCCUGGAAGCACGGGAAAGGAGGAUCAGCCUGCUGGCUUUGCUGUCACCAGCCUUUGUCUGCUUUCUCAGUUACAAAUCCUGUCCCAAGCAGGAUCCUUCCUGUCUGGAGAGCAGGAGCUGCCUUUGCUCAGGACCCAGAGCUCAGAGCCAGCACCCAGCAGUGCUGAGGGAGGGAGAUGUGCAGCUCAACUGGAACCUGAUGGUGGAUUUCUGUCUCAGACCAUGCAUUGAGUUCGUAUGAUUUCCUCAUUAACGACAAAGCUGCAAUAUAAUAUAACAGAACUGAGAGGCCACCAUGGAUUUUCUCUCGUGGUUCAGAGGGUGGGGGUUGGAGGGGCAGCUGGGUUUAAAGUUUAGCUGGUAUACUUUAAACUCUGUGUACAUAACCUUGGAGGACAUGGGGGUGGGAAGGGGUCUGUGGUUAUUUUGGUGGGAUUGGUAAACUUCAGGAUGUUUUUGUUUAAAGAGUAAGGUAUUUAAUUAAUGACAUUGUACAAAGAGUUAUUAAUUUAAAUGGUGCUUUUGUUCUCCUACCCCAGACCUGUCUAACCUUUCUUUUUGGCAAGCCUGCAGCAAUGCUGAUCAUGUUGACUUUUGUACCUUGGGGGAGUGUGUGGAAGGGGAGGGGAAAUGCUUUUCUCUUCAGACAAAUAACGUUGCCCAUAGUUAACUUCCUGCUUGGAUAUGUACCUUGAAUUCCCUUUAUGCUGAGUUUUUAUGUGAAGGUCUCUUCAAAGGAACAGAACAAGCAGAGGUUAUUCCAAAAGAUCUCAACUGUAUCAUCUUGUAAUAUAUUGCAGCUUUAUGCCAAUGAUUCCUUGCUUACCUGUACACAAUCCAUGCAUGUUUUGAACUAAUUUUGCAUUCUCCAUUUGUGGUGAGUUACUUAGCAUUUUAACCACCUUUUGUGCCAUUCAACUUGUACAGAAAACAUUUUUAUUGACGUUUUAAAGGGAGGGGGAAGAAAAUAAAAAGACCCCUUCUGCUCUCUAGUUGUAGGUAGAACUCAGUUACUUAGCAAACAGAUGUAGAUGAGUGGUUGUAGUGUUAGAAAUGUUGGCUUGCUCGUGAACAAGCUCUUGAGAGUAAAUGCAUGGUCCUGUACCUCUCUUUUCUUAAUUAGCUCUUCCUUUCCUCCCGGAAAGAUUCUCUCUCUCUCCCUCUCUCUUACUCUGUCUUUGUCUCUCUCUCUCUCGUGGUUGUAAAGUACAGAUUUGGGCAUAAAUAAAACGGUGAACGACCAGGUUUGAAAAGCAGUUCUCAACAGGUUCUCUGGGGGAACGUACUUCUCGCGGUGCCUUGCCUUGGCACGUUGAUCAGAUCCAACCUGCAGGACCCAGCAGGAGCAGGAGCUCAGCCCCCGGUGCCUGUGCCCGAGCUGGGGGGCCAGUGCAGCCUUGGGGAGGCUGGCUCUGCUGGAGGGUGAGGCGCUGCUGGGCCUCUGCAGCCGAGGCAAGAGGCGCGGGCGGCGCAGGCCGUGGCCUCCACUCCUGCUGCUGGUGGUGGUGGGGGUGAUGUCCCUGGGACGCGUCCCACGGCCCCUGAUUUGCGGAGUUUGCACACACUUUUGAUUUUCCUGGAUACACAGCAAGGGGGUGGGGAUGGGAUACGGGAAUUGUGUUGUUGGGGGGGUCUGUAAACAAGUCCUUCUCCACACUCCUGAGCUCUGAGUUGAGUACAAGGGGCUUCUUGUUUGUUAGCUGUGGUUCUGUUGGCAGUGGAAGACAGAAAAUGGGCAAAGCCUUGGAAAAGAUGGGGUCACUCACAAAGAUGCGUUUUGUGAGAAAUGGACUUAAAGAAACCCCAAAAAGCCGUGCCACAAAAUCACAAAGUGUACCUAGAUCCACACCUCUAUUCCCUAUGGCUCUUCUCCCUUAACAGAAUUUCCUUUUGUCAGAAGAUUUGACUAGGAAAAAAUUCCAUUUUUGUGAGGUGUUGUGAACUGUUUUUACUAUUUGUAAUAACCAUCCCAGGUCUGAGUAUUCCUGUAAUGCAAUGCCAUGCAGCAGAGAACCUGUCCACUUUAUAGCUUUGCUCUCAAUAUUUGUUACUCAUUGUUUUCUCAUCUAAAUGUACAUUUGCAAGAUGUGUGUAAUGUCAUUUUCAAAAAAUAAAAUUUGGUUUCAAUAUUUAGGCCGAUAAAAA